AUGUCCAAGACCGUCCACAUCGAGUCCACCGACCAGUUCUCGGCUCUGCUAUCCUCUUCCACCAUAGUUGUUGCCGACUUCUACGCCGACUGGUGCGGUCCAUGCAAGCAAAUCGCCCCCAUCUUCGAACAACUCUCGGCGCAGCUGUCUCGACCUAACAAGAUCACCUUCGCAAAAAUCGAUACGGAUAAGCAACAAGACCUUUCACGGUCAUAUGGCGUCAGGGCUAUGCCUACGUUCAUGGUGUUUAGGAAUGCGCGCCGCGUAGAGUUCAUCGAAGGCGCAGACCCGAGGAGGCUUUCAAAUGUGGUCAAAGAUCUAGCCAACGAGGUCAACAAGAUGGACACAGGCGAAGUUGCCGGGAGUUCAAGCGGAAGCACGUGGCUGGGUGCAGAAUUACCUAGAGGCUAUGUCGACGUUACAUCUCAAGUUGACGUCUUGGGUCUGGAGCUGUUGAACUGGGAUUCUGCACAUGGAAACGCGAGGGCAUUAAUCAGCAGCGACAGACCUAAAGGUCAAGCCGAAGCACCAUCAGACUGGGUCGAAAGCGACACAGACGAACAGCUCAUGGUCUACCUACCUUUCCAGUCCACUCUCAAGAUCCACUCCCUACACCUGACAUCCUUGCCCACAGACACAGACGACGAGGAACAGCCAAGCCGACCGAAGGUGGUCAAGAUUUACACUAACAGACCUCGCAUCCUUGGCUUCGACGAAGCAGAUGACACACAGGCGGCGCAGGAGGUCACAUUGUCCGAGAAGGACUGGGAUCCCAAGACGGGCACGGCAAAGGUCGAAUUGCGCAUAGUCAAGUUUCAAAACGUGUCAAGCAUCGUUCUUUUCGUCGUUGAGAGUGAAGGAGACAACGAGAAGGUCAGAAUUGACCGCAUAAGGGUCAUUGGAGAGACAGGAGAGAAGAGAGACGGGAAGAUCGAGAAGAUUGCCUCUGACGACUAG